CAUCCAUUCGUUCAUCUUUCAAAUUAUUGAAAUCAAAACAAAAAACAAAACAUAAUAUAUCUUACCAUAAUUUGUGUGAAUUUCGACGUAAAAUCUCUUAAAAAGAUAUAAAAUGUCUUCAAUGAAUUGCUCUAACCUGUCGAGAACCAACAGUUAUGAAAGAAAACUUCGCUAUCGAGAAUUACUUGAAAAUUUAUCAACUAUAGAGGACGACGGUGACAAUGUACGACAAAUGGAAAGAACAGCUGAAGUGGUCAGUGAGGCUCACAACCUUUUGGCUACUGGAGGCAUUGAGGAGCGCGCCAAGCAUCCUGGUGAGAACUAUUUAGAUUCUCGUGUGCUGUGUGCGAGCAGUGACCAUGCGCUGCGCUGCUCAGAGGCUGUUAGCGGUAACAUGAACACAUAUGAUAAACAUCAGCUUGCACAACAUAUUCGUGAGAACCCAGAGUUCUGGGAGUUCACGUUCCCCCGCGAGGUGCCUGUCGUAGCAUCAUUGUUUGGUAGCUUUGCGCCCGCGCCGCCGGAGCAAAGAGUGCGGGCGCCGCGAAAACGCAUCGAACGACAACAAGCUGCCGCACUUAAAGCACCAGAGACUGUAGACAAACUGGAACGCACAGAGGAGGGCAGUGAGAUGAUAGGACGCGCUCAGAAGUUCGUGAGCAAGGCGUGCCGCGGCGCACCACUGUGUUACUGGCGUGCUGUGCUGCAUCCGAGCAGCUUCGCGCGCACUGUAGAGAACAUAUACUACGUCUCUUUCCUCGCUAGAGACGGCAUCAUUACUAUCGAUAUAGAUGAGGAGAUAGGAUUGCCGUUUAUAAAGACUGUGUCAGCUGACGAGCGAGACCGCGGCGCGGCAGCUAACCAGUUCGUUGUCUCUAUUGAUAUGGACAUGUGGAAGGAGCUGGUCGAAGCGUUCAGAAUAGAGAAACCAAUGAUGGUGUUAAAAGGAAGAUAACAGUAUAUUUAGGAUUUUAUAUAUGUAAAUAUGUCUUUUCUUAAUUUUAAUUACCUGACUGGUGGAAGGGUAAUUUUUUUUAACGAUUUAUUCUCAUUCUGUUGUAAAGAGAAUAAAAAAAAUUUAGAGGAGGCAUAGUUUGCUUAAAGUUCAUUGCCUCGUCUAUAUUUUUUUUAAUUGUCUUUGGUUGUAAAAUAUAUCUUAAACAAACCUAUUUUUAUAAAAUAUGUCAUAUUUAUAAACUCGAAAUAACAUAGCGUUAAAAUUAAAUACUCUUUUUUUUAAACUAGUUAUAAGACCUUUAAAACUACAAAUGUUAUAGAAAUUAAAGCUCACCAUAAACGAACUUUUCAGUCCCUAUACCGUACAUAAAUUAAGAAAAGAUCGUGUAUGCCAACCUUAUUGAUAUAUAAAAAAAUAAUGGCUCAAUACAUUUAUUAACAUCACUCAUAUGUCCUUUAUAAUAUUACAAAUUAACAAUUUAAUAUACAGAUAUCUAUCUUAAACGUAUAAGGUACAGAGGUUUAUUAUUACGAAAAACAUUUUAAAUAUAUUUUAAAAUUUUAACAUGUUUUAAAUUUAUUUAUAUUCGGUUUCCAUUGGCGUAAGAGUACAGAAACAUAUGCCUUAUGCCAUAUGUCAUCGUAGUGUGCAGUGACACUUGUAUUAAUAUUGUUUCAACUAAAGUGACACUUGUAUACAUAUUGUUUCAACUAAAGUGACACUUGCACACAUAUAGUUUCAACUAAAGCGACACUUGCAUACAUAUUGUUUCAACUAAAGUGACAGUUGUAUACAUAUUGUUUCAACUAAAGUGACACCUGCAAACAUAUUGUUUCAACUAAACUGACACUUGUAUACAUAUAGUUUCAACUAAAGUGACACUUGUAUACAUAUAGUUUCAACUAAAGUGACACUUGUAUACAUAUAGUUUCAACUAAAGUGACACUUGUAUACAUAUUGUUUCAACUAAAGUGACACUUGUAUACAUAUAGUUUCAACUAAAGUGACACUUGCAUACAUAUUGUUUCAAGUAAAGUGACACUUGUAUACAUAUUGUUUCAACUAAAGUGACACUUGCAUACAUAUUGUUUCAACUAAAGUGACACUUGCAUACAUAUUGUUUCAUCUAAAGUGACACUUGCAUACAUGUGGUUUCAACUAAAGUGACACUUGUAUACUUCUUUCUACGGACACAAUAUGUAUACAAGUGUCAACAUGUCUGAUUAUAUUUUUUAAACAAUAGUACAUCAAUACAUUUGCAUUACAAUCAAUAUCGUAUAUAACCAGAGCCAAAACUUUGUAAACAAAAGUAAUUUUGUGGUAAAAUAUAAAUAUUUUACUACGGAAUAAAAAUUCUUCAAUGAGCCCUGAAAGAAAUAGGAUACUAAUUUAGUGCUAAAUUUUGUCCUGACGAAGUCGCGGGCUAAAACUAGUUCUAUGCUUUAAUAUAAUGAAACAUAUGACAAUCUUUGCAAUAUUUUAGAAAUUUCGAAUUCCAGAGUUUAUUUAUCUUUUCUUUACAAAGUUUUGUUCUUGAUCUGAAACAACUUUUAUAUAUUUAAUAUAAGAUUUUAUAAUAACUUUUUACCAUAAAAUACUGAUUGUAUUGGAGUGGACAGAAGCCAUAAAUGCGCUUUUUAUAUAUGUAAUUAUUCGAUUUGUUCAUAAAAUAAAGUAUAUAAUUUUAAAUAAUGCAUAAAUUUUUCAUGAUUUAAAGACUAAGAAUAAGAGACCAACGAGAUAUUAUUUACAAUAACGUAGUACACGUCUGCACUUGCUGACGACUGAUGCAACAAUGACAAUUAUGAUGUAAAGAGGGUAUUUUUAAUUUUACUAGUUUUUACUGCGUGUUCCAAAAACUGACAAUUUAAUGGUUAUUUAAACAGUCCUUUAAUAUAGUUUUCAUACAAAUAUUAUAUGAAUACACAACUUCUGUAUACUAUAUCUUUUUUUUAAUAUAAGGUGGCAAACUCGCAAGCGGCCACCCGAAUGCACCG